AAACUGAAAAUUCUAUUGGGCUUAUGGAUAUUCAUCACACUUUUUUUCAUAAAGAGAAUAUUUAUGACAUUUGUUUGAAAUUGUUGACAACUUGGUGCUAGUACAUUGUGAUCCUUGGAUGAGUUUGAUUCUUAAAAUUAUUUAUGCUGUAGCUUGCAUUACAAUUUUCUCCAUGUCAAUUUUGUUUUAUUUUGCUGUAUGUUGUUGGAUCAUUAUUCUUGUCUAUGAGGCUUUAAUGCUUCUCAGCUGGGACCUUCAGCUUCAAAAUAAAUGAUCAAAAAUGCAAAUUUGACCUGUUCACUUGCUCUGGUUGUAGGACUGCUAAAUGGUAGCUGGAUGAAAUUGGCCCUAAACAUCUUAACCAUUUGAUAGAAUAUUGUUCAUCAUCUUCCUUCUGCUUGUGUUGGGCUAAACUUCGGACUUCAUUGUGCCAAGGAAGGAAACAAUUUGCAGGAAAAAAUGUUUCAGGCAGUGGAAAUGUUUCCAUAAGUUGUACAACAAAAGCCACAUAUACAAACCAGAAAAGACAACACCAAAAACAAAAACAAAACUUGGUGUUGUGUAGUAGUGCAUAUAUGAUACAUCAAAUUGGGAAGAAACGCCAUCUUCCUCGAUCUCAAGCGGGGCAGAACGAGGAUUAGGAGUUGUAUUCCACACAAUUGGCGAGGCCUUUCGUUUCUCCUCCUUUAUCUCGUCGCAAUUCGUCUCCCUCGAUGGGCAACACCUCCUCCAUGCUCACCCAAUACGACAUCGAAGAAGUCCAGGAGCACUGCAACCACGCCUUUUCGCAGCAAGAGAUUGUAUCUCUGUACCACAGAUUCUGCCAGCUCGAUCGUAACAGCAGUGGAUUUAUCCCCGGGGAUGAGUUCUUGUCAGUGCCGGAGUUCGCAGUUAAUCCGCUUUCUCAGAGGCUACUAAGGAUGCUGGACGGCUUAAAUUUUAAAGAAUUUGUUGCUUUCCUUUCUGCUUUCAGUCCGCGGACAAGCUUGCAGCAAAAAAUCGAAUUUAUAUUCAGGGUCUAUGAUUUUGAUUCCAAUGGAAGAGUCACAUUCGAUGAUAUAUUGGGCGUAUUACGAGACUUGACGGGUUCUUUUAUAAGCGAGCAGCAGAGGCAGAAAGUUUUGACCCGUGUCCUUGAAGAAGCUGGCUACACAAAAGAUUCAUCGCUCGUCUUGUCUGACUUCAUGAAGAUUCUUGGCAACUCUGAUUUGAAGAUGGAGGUUGAAGUUCCUAUUGAUUGAGAAGCAUUGCCAAGAAAUAUUUUCUUUUCCUACUAGAGUCUGAUCUGUUGAUGAUGAAGCAAGAUACAUCUCUCCUUUCCCUCCUUUUUUUAAAUUCUGUUAAUUCUUCACAAUAUUUGUUGAAAUUUCAAGAGAUUCAUGACCACGUAAUAGGAUUUCUAUGCUUUUUUC